AUGGUGUCGACUGUGAAGAGAACGGUCAGAAUUAAGACCAAGCAAUCUGUCCUACCGGAUGUACCACCUCCAGUAGAAAACUUUCCUAUGCGUCAAUGGACCAUUGAAUUAGUUCUUUUGGAUGAACAAGGAAACGAAAUUCCAGCCACGAUAUUUGAUAAGGUAGUGUAUCAUUUGCAUCCAACUUUUGCAAACCCUCAUAGAACAUUCACGGAACCUCCUUUUAGAAUUGAAGAACAAGGCUGGGGUGGCUUUGAAUUGUUGAUAAGUGCGCAUCUUCUUGAGAAAGGGGGCGAGAAGAAGAUAACUCACGACCUACAUUUCAUGAAAGAUGCCUAUGAAAUUGAUCAUGUAAUCCAAGUUCCUACCAAUAAGCCUCUUCUAAGAGCAGAACUAGAGAAAAGUGGACCUGUCGAUGAAGUAGCAUCAACAGCAGCAGCAACUCCAAAUGCAACAGCGACAGCUGCCACCACUCCAGGUGACAAGAGAAAAGCAUCUACUGUCAAUGGUGAUGUAAAAACGAAAAAAGCCAAGACCGCCUCCGCUUCAACAGUGAAAGGCUCUGUGAACUUGGAAAAGUUAGCAUUUGGCUUAACAAAACUAAACGAGGAUACAUUGGUUGGAGUAGUACAAAUGAUAACUGAUAACAAAACUCCAGAAAUGAAUAUUACGAACAAUAUCGAAGAAGGUGAGUUCGUUAUUGAUUUAUAUAGCUUGCCUGAAAGUCUAUUGAAGAGUUUAUGGGAAUACGUCAAGAAAAACACCGAGUAA